AUGAUUGAAACUCAAAAAUCUUCAACUGGAUUACAACAAGUAACAUCAACUGAUAUUUCAACCCAUUGUUCAAAAUGUGGUGAAAAAAUUUUAAAUGUUAUGACAGCUGAUGAAAAUAAAGUUUAUCAUCCACAUUGUUUUAAUUGUUCUGAUUGUGGCAAAACAUUAGCCGGUGGAUUUUUCUAUAAAUCAAAAAAUAUCAAAUCAAAUGAAUUAACAUCAACUACAAGAAAUAGUGUUUCGGAAUCAAUACGUUUUUGUGAAACAUGUUAUAAAAAAAUUGCACCAAAAUGUGCACGAUGUCAUAAUAUUAUUGAAGCAUCAUCGAUUGUAUGGGAAGAUAAAAAAUUUCAUGAAUCAUGUUUUACUUGUUGUGGUGUAGAUAAAGAUGAUAUUCAAUGUCGAAAGCCGAUGAAAGAUGAAUCGGUUUAUCCAUUAAAUGAUAAAUGGUAUUGCAAAAAUUGUUUUGAUAAAUUAGAUACUGGUAUUAGUGCCGCUUCUAGAGAUAUACUUACUCAAAAAUGUUUUAAAUGUUAUAAAGAAUUUUCUCCUGGAUCUUUAGUUAGUGAAUAUAAAGGAGAUUAUUAUCAUCCAACUUGUUUUGUAUGUUCUCAAUGCAAUACAUCAAUUGCUAAUAAAUCAUUUUAUCAUCAAGCUAAAUCAGAUGAUCGACCAUCGGAAAUGAAAUUCCUAUGUGAAAAUUGUCAUAUUAAAAAUGCACAAGAAUGUGCAGAAUGUAAAAAUAAAAUAAUUAGUGGUGAAGCAAUCGGUUUCGAAGGUAAACAAUAUCAUCGAUCAUGUUUUACUUGUCAAAAUUGUAAAAAUGAAAUUGGUACAUCUCAUUUCUUCAAAACUAAAGAUGACAAAUAUAUUUGUCAGCAUUGUUCACUUCAACAACAACAAGAUACUCAUUCAAAAUAA